AUGGAAUUCUUAAGCAAUCUUGCUGUUAAAGAUAUAAAAAGAUCAGACCUUUCGAUAGAUUACUUAAAUGAUAUCACCAUUGAAGAUGAUAAAAAAAAUUCUUUGAUUGAAUCAUUUAAUUACUAUUUGGAGAAAGACCAAAUUAAUGAUAAAAAUUUGGAUAUAGAUGUCUUAAAGAUACAAAAAUAUUUAAAUAUGAUUACCGAGCUACAAAACCCACCAUCUCUAUGUAAUGAGAUAAAUGAUUUACAACGAAAAAAUUUAGCUGAUCUGUUCAAUCAUAUUCAGCAUUUUAAGCGGUUUAUCAAGGAAUUCUUGAAUAAAAACGAUUACGAUAACAUUUGUAUGAAAAAAAUUAGGAUAACUGUAAUUAAUCUUGAAUUAUUUUAUAUCCAUCAAAGAAAAGUAAUUAUUGGUAAUGAGACCUUUAGAAAAGCUAUCGAUAAAAAAAAAAAGGAUUGA